ACAAGCUCUUCCUCAUUCAGAACACCCAAAAUGACUCGCCGACAUUCGGGCUUCUGCAGGUUUUAAACACAGAUUAUUUUGCCGAGGGUCUUCAAAGCCUUAAACUGCUGCUUGUAGCCUGCAGACACACAAAUCCUUAUUUAAAAUAAAGAAGUUAAAUAAGCGAAGGGCAAACUGAGGAAGUGGCUGCUGAGAUGGCUCCUUUGAUGUUUAAAGACGCGUUUUGGAGCUCUGACUUCACCUGCCACGCUGGGUACGACACCAUGAUCCAGAGGCUGCGAGAUGGGAGGCAAAUGUGCAAAGAUAUGGAGGAGCUUUUAAAGAUGAGGGCAGUGGCAGAGGAAAAGUACGGGAAGGAACUGGUGACAAUUGCUCGGAAAGCUGGAGGACAGACAGAAAUCAGCACUUUGAGAGCGUCCUUUGAACAACUGAAAACACAAAUAGAGAACAUUGGCAACUUUCACAUCCAAUUAUCUGAUAUAUUGAAAGAGGAGGUGAAAAACAUUGAGACUUUCCGAGAACGUCAAAAAGAGCAGAGGAAAAAGUUUGAAAGCAUCAUGGAGAAAGUUCAAAAGAAGAAGGUCAGCUUGUACAAAAAGACCAUGGAGUCUAAAAAGACCUAUGAAGUAAAGUGCAGAGAGGCCGAAGACGCAGAGUCAGUUGAGCAAACAAAUGUUCCAGCCAAAAAUGCUGAAAAGGUGCGUCACAAGGUCAAACAGUGUCGACAAGCUGCCACUGAAGCAGAGAUGGUGUACCUCACCAACAUCGAUCAACUUGAAACCGUUCGUCGAGACUGGGAAGAAACCCACAAAAGCACAUGUGAGGUCUUCCAGCAGCUGGAGGGAGACCGGAUCAACAUACUGAGGUGUGCCCUCUGGGAUCACUGCAACCAUUUCUCCAUGCAGUGUGUUAAGGACGAUGAGGUGUACGAGGCGGUGAGGACGCUUCUGGAGCUGUGUGACAUCACCACGGACAACAACUUUUUUAUAGAGAUGAAAAAGACGGGAUCAAAGCCACCAGAUCCUAUAGUGUUUGAAAGCUGCUACUCAGCUGGGAUGAAGAGGAACAGCAAUGGGCAAGCUUUAUUUCCUCAAGCAGACAUGUCAAAAAGGAGCUCAGAGUCUUUACUCAGAAGGUCUGUGAGCAUCAAUACUGAAAGUCCCACAGCUUCACGGCCAACCCUGGCGUCUGUUACAGAAAGCGAAACAAAUGAUAACGGAUAUGCGCCCCUUCCCUUAUUACCCACUGCCCCUGAAGAUGAACAGUUCUAUGUUGUGCUUUAUGAGUACACAGCCCAGGAGCAAGAUGAACUGUCUGUGAGCAGAGGGGACAUAGUUCAGGUCCUGGUCAAAGAAGAAGAUGGCUGGUGGACAGUGGAGAGGAACGGGUACAGUGGGCUGGUGCCAGGAAACUAUCUGGACAAAAUCUAACUCCAACCCAAACUAUACGUACAGACAAGUAUCCAUCAAUGAUAGCUUCUAGAUUUGCAGCCCUGACAUAAGUUUAAUCAAAAAUAUGAUUAAGUAUGUGACUGAAACCUGUUUACAGGCUGUAAAAACAGGAGUCAAGUCCCAGACACUGCAGGCAAAUAUUUAUCCCUGAACAAAAAAGGUUAUUUAUGUGACUAAUUUAGUCUGGCAGUCGUGUACAAGACCACUUGGGGCCCUCGUGUCAGGACAGCCGCAUAUUUCACUCAUUCCCCUGGCCGGCUCUGUUCUAAAGCCUUCUUUUUCAGACACAUCCUUAAUCUAAAUGGUCAGAAGCUCUACAACUGUGACCGCUUUCAGAGGCAGAUUUUAUAAAAAUGUGUGAGUAGAAGGGUGAGGAAAUUACAGAAGAAAUGUAUUUUGCUUAACAGUUUCAAUUUCCAUUUAGGCAACACCACUUAUGAGGUACAAUGAAGUUCUUGACCAAGCAGGGCAUUCUGUGUUCAGAUAACAUUUUCAUCCAAGAGUUAGUGCAACUAACUCUUUAAUUAGUUGCACUAAUUAAACAGGUUUUAUUUUAUUUAGCACUAUUUAUUUAGCAAUAAUAAUGUGCUUGGACUAAUGGUGGAAAAACAAACUACUUUCUUUUAUAACGUGGUUUUAAAAAUAUGUGUUCAGGAAGUGUUAAAAGCUCAUAAAGGCAGAUCUGAUAUUUUGGUACAAGAUAAGGAAGUGAGGUUUGACUUGUGGUAUUUUAAAUAACCUAUUAAGUAGACGGUGAAUGUUUGUGAGCAUUUACAAUGGGUGUAUUAUUUUCUUUAGAUAUACUCUUAAUCAGUUGUUGCACUUCUAUCAGCAAUUAGCUUUGCCAGUCUAGACAGUCUAAAACAGAAAUACAAAAUAACUUGUGGGGAAAGUGAAUAUAUGAACAAUAAUAUAUGAUAAACAUUUCAAUCUUUUAAACCUAUGUUUGGCUGCACACAUAGUUCAUUUCCUACUUAAAUGCAUUUGCUAUGUGUAAUAUAUUGUGAAUGAGGUGGCGAAUAAAAGCAGUCCAGGUUAAA